AUCACUUCGUGUUCCGACCUCGAACAGUGCACACGUCAUUUGAGUUAAUACCAGUUUUACGACUCCCGCGCAACUGUGAUGAACGGAUUGUGAAUUAGUGAUUUAAUUAACUAUUUUAAAGAUUAAGUGUUUGUGAAUUGUGUGAAGAUGCUUGUUGAAGAUCAAUCGGCUCGUGCUAUGUUGACCAAGAAGUACGCGCAUUGUCCGCUGAAGAAGCGGCCGGUAAUGGUGCGGGAGGAGCGGCCGGCGACGCCGCCUACCACACCGCCCCACCCCGCCCACAUGCCCACCAGACUUUACUACGAUUACAAUCAUUGUGAUAUGGAAAAUGAUGAACCACAAAAUUUGAGCACUAAACCAGAGGAUUUAUCCAAGACUGGGAAUUACCCUAGCAAAGCUUCAUCACCAGUAGCAGCCGCCGCUGUAAAGUUGGAGCCAAGGGAAUGGUCCCAACAAUUGGAGUACUUGGCAGCUUGUCGGGCUCGCCUGGAGCCCACUGAGCUCGCCCGACCCACGCCUCACUAUCCAUACCUGCCCACACUAUAUCCCACAUAUCCCAUGGAAGAUCUCUACCCCGCCGCCCCCGCGCUAUCCCCGCCAACGCAAAUGUACUCGCGGUACUCUCCAGCGUCACCUCCAUCAUCAUGUUCUCCACCUCCCUGUCCGGAAGACUUACGUUCCCCUGGAUCCGUGUCAUCAGACUCAGGAGUAUCAGUAUCAGCUCCCCGCCGUCCACGCUACCAAUGCCCCGACUGUGCAAAAUCGUAUUCCACAUACUCAGGGCUCUCCAAACACCAACAGUACCACUGCGCUGCAGCGGAAGGAAGUUUAGCAAGAAAAUCAUUUAGCUGCAAAUACUGCGCCAAGGUUUACACAUCCCUUGGAGCACUGAAGAUGCACAUCAGGACACACACAUUGCCGUGUAAAUGUCACUUAUGCGGCAAAGCGUUUUCGAGACCCUGGUUACUACAAGGACACAUCCGUACUCACACAGGGGAAAAACCAUUCUCGUGCCACCAUUGCCGCAGAGCAUUUGCAGACAGGUCGAAUUUACGCGCACACCUGCAAACUCAUUCUGAUGUUAAAAAGUACUCGUGUUCCGGAUGCGGAAAAACAUUUUCAAGAAUGUCCCUCCUGAGUAAACACUUAGAAGGCGGAUGUGGCGCACCAGCUACAUCACCAUAUGAAUACAGACCUGAAACCCUUCCUACGGGUCAUCCUCACCAAGCUCUUACGGCGACGGCCCCGGUCCACGUCUAUUAAGAAAGACUCCGUUUAAAUUCUGGAUCUCGAAUUUGUAGUUAUUAGCCGCCAUAUUUAAUUUAAUUUAUUUUGUAAAUUUCUUUAUAAAUUAUUAAUUUCAUAAAUUACUAUGAUGAUGAAUUAUAUGUGUGUUUUAGGACGUAGUAUAAGGUAUAUUAAGUUUUUAGUUUUAAGUGAGUCACUGUACAGUUCUUGUCGCAAGUAGCGACAUCGCUAGUCAUAUGGCAUUUGCCGAGUGUCAUACACAAAAAUUAGAUGUAUACUAUAUAUUUGUAAUUUAAGCCGUGUACAAAGUGCCUUAAUUAUAAAUUAUUAAUAUAUUCAAAAAAUUGUUUGCGUUAGAUGCUAUUAAUUUAAUAAGAUUUAUGAAGAUGUAUGAGGCUCUAAAGAUAAUCUUGCCGGUUUGCGUUCCUUUCCGUUACCUCCGCCAGAAACAAAUUAAAAAAAAUAUUUAAUAAA